AUGCCGAAGUACAACCCAGAUGAACUUCCUGGGAUUAGACAACUAAGGAUGGUCAUGGAUCCUAUGCAUGAGUACUUUCUAGUGAAGAUCACUAUGAAAUCAAAGAUGGAGGCCCUGGAGGUUAUAAGGCAGAAUUUAGACCCUGAAACGGAAAUGCCAAUUUUGAGGGGAUCUGUCUUGGGACAUUUGAUUUUGAUGUCCGAAAACAUGAUGUAUUUUGGAGUGUUGACACACUAUCUACUUUUGAGGCAGAUAGAAACAGAAAAGAAACAUGAGUUGUGGUUCUUGGUUAACAGAAAGCUAGCUCGGUUCGGGAUGAAGGAAUUUGCUUUAAUCACUGGAUUGAACUGCGAGGAAAUUCCAGAGCCGAACAUGGUGUUGAAAGCUUCGAAGAAAAUGGGAUUGUUGGAGCAUUUUAAGGCCCAAGUAGUACUUGUUGCUGAUUUAAAUAAAUUGCUCACAGAGAACAAGAUAAAAGGUAGCGAUAAAGUAAAGAUCGUUAUCGUUUACUUUUUAGCACAAGUAUUAAUAUCUGGGGAUGAGAAGAAGACCGUCCCACUGGAUUGGUUGUCGUAUGUCGACGAUUUAGAUUUUUUUAACAACUAUCCAUGGGGUAAGGUGUCUUUUGAAUGCACUCUACAGUCUUUGAGGAAUAACCUGAAAGAGAAAUUUUAG